GCAACCACAAUUGGCAACAUUGGCUAAGGAAAGAAGAAAUCAAUCAACAGAUUUAUUUACAAAUCUACUUUUAAUAAAUAUGAUAAGAAUACUGAGGUGGUUUCCAUAGGUAAAUAAAAAUCACGUUAAUGGAAUUUUAAUUCGCACAAUCCUUUUAGUUAUUAUGUAAAAAGUUAUCAAGUUGACCAAAGGACAACCGCAAUCUGUGAUAGGAAAUUUUAAAAAAAUGGGCGUGAACAGUAGUAAAAAAUUGGCCGCUAAAUGUUCCUUUCUGUCCAAAGACGAACAAUUGAUAGUAAGCAAUUCCUUCAAGUUGGCCAGCAGGAAUUCGGAGAAAAUCAAAGAAGACGAAUUAACAAAACUAUGGGGUUCCCAAAUGGAUCCUCGUCUGCUUCAAUACAUAAACAACUAUCUGUUUGGAAGAGCUGAGCUAAAACUUACCACAGUAGACCUAGAACGGUUCGCUGAACUUUUUGUUUUCUGCACCAGGGGUACUGUAGACGAAAAAGUUAAAGUGCUUCUUACUUCAUUGGGCAAAUCCGAUAACGAGGACAUACCUUACAGCCUUGUGAAAGAAUACGUGGAGAGCAUCGUUUGUUCCUUUAUGAAAAUCCAGAAAUUGAGCAGUGGAAAACAGUUCAAGAGUUGGUCUGGACGGGGGUGUGGGGCGCACUCGCAAAACUGCCAACGAUUAGCGGAAAGUUUGAGUAGAGAUUUAGCUGGUCAAAACGAAAUUUCCAGAAAGUCAUUGGAAUCAUGGUUACAAGGCAGUACUGUCCUAGGCCAACUACUUUUAUUUGUUUUCAUGCAUCUCUACAAUAUUUCUCAUAAGGACAAAUCAACCAUAGAUCUAGAUCAUAAUCCAGUGGCUGGAGAUAGCGCCACAGACAGUGGCGGUGUCAAGGAGCGCUCCUUGGUACCAAUUUGUCGUGGCUUAGAUCUCAUCCCCUCAUAUCCAAGUAUUUUGGACCUCAACCAGAUUGUAUUCGUGAACGCUCACCUACCUCAACAGUACCAAGUUGAGUGGCGGUUCUUGUUCAGUUCAGAAAUCCAUGGGGAGUCGUUCUCAACCCUGAUAGGACGAAUAGUGAAUCAAGGCCCAUCUGUAUUAGUAUUGGAGGAUCGCAGUGGCUAUGUGUUUGGCGGUUUCGCGCCUGCAAAUUGGGCUUUAGGGCCAAAUUUUUUCGGGGACGAUAGCAGCUUCCUGUUUACCCUCUCACCUCGCAUGCGAAUUUUUCCUUCGAGUGGCUACAAUCAGCAUUUUCAGUAUUUGAACUUGCACCAGCAGACUAUGCCCAAUGGAUUGGCGAUGGGUGGUCAACACAACUACUGUGGGCUUUGGGUGGAUUCUGAGUAUGGUCAAGGCCAUUCCAGCGAGUCGUGUACCACCUACGCAAGUUACCAGCAACUGUCCCAUACGAAAGAGUUUCAUUUCAGGCACAUGGAAGUGUGGGGUUUAGGCCAACCACCACCAACUCCCCAGGAAAAAGGCGAACGGGCUCUGGGAAAAGGUGGCAGUAUCUUGGACAACAACGCAGAAAGUAAGGCUAUGUUGAAAAUGGCUGGCAAGACUAUUCACAGUGAAGGCAUUCGCGAACCUUCAGACAAUUAAAUUUUAUCAUAUCCGACGUUAAAUUAUAUUACAUAUUAAUAUUGAGGUGCACUGGAAAAAACACCACACUUUUCACAGAAAUUUACCUCAGUUCAAAUGUAGAUCAUUAGGCUUAAAAUCGUCCAAAUAAAGUAGGUAUUUGUAUGGCGAUGCAAUUUGCACCUGUUUGCAGCAGUUUUAUGGCUUUGAGAUACCCCUUGAAAUAUUUUUGACAUUGAGGGGUUUCAUACCUUGGUGAACUUGGCAACAUUCAUUUUUUCUCCAGAUUUGACUACCUCUUAUUUGAAACAUGAAACGUGAAAACGUUUCAUGAAAAUAGAAUAAGGCCAAACAAAUAGAAGUCCAUUUAUUGUGAAAAUAUUCAUAAAAAAUGAAUAACGACCAAGAAUUUGAUAUUGUUCAUUUCGGUGGUGGAGCAAUAUGAAGAAUUGCAUAAUUAUAACAUGCAGAAGUACUCGAAUGGACAAUCACAAGAAAAAGCAUGGCAGAACGUUAUAAUUGUAUGCAUGUACCCAGUCACGUCGUUUCGUUUUUUUUGGCAUUUGAGUUUUGACAACAGGAACAACAAACUCGUCAUCACUUUCCAUUGUGUGCUUCACGUUACUACCAAACGAUUUUGCGAACAUUAUUCUUGUUUCGUCAAUUGGUAUGCAAGAAAGAAAUGGUUUCGCUUUGCGUAAUUUAUUGUUUCAUGUUUUAUAUUUCAUAUUUCUUUGAUGUGCGGCCUGCCUUAAAGCUACAAAACUUCAUUACAUCAUAGAUACCUGUGCACCUAGGAAAAGUGAUGUCAAAAUUAUUUGUGUGACCUCACAUACAGUCACCACUAUGUUGAUUCGGCAUUCCUAUGCAGUCGUCUUCAUUGAAAAGUUUGUAGCCUAAAAGUUUUACUAAUGAAGGCGUAUUACAACCUCCCUCCUGAAAAAAAAAUAUACAGGGUGACAAUUUGAAAAGUAGCAAUCGGGAAUAUCUCUUAGACAAAAAAUACUAUCAGGAAGAUCUCAAAUACUUAUGUAUCAGGGUAAUGGAGCGGGAACCAAAAUCAGACAGUUUUUGAUUUACCUCCAGAUUUUCCUGAUAGUAUUUUUUGUCUAAAGGUACAGGGUGGCCCAAAUUCGAGCCUCAUCAUUGGGAUCUCGGUAACCAUAAAAGAUACGGGGUCGGUUAAAUUAUGGCAAAGUUGCGUAAUUUUAUGACCAAUAGAAUGCCGUUUUGAAACUAGAAAGAUUCCGAAUACUUCCGGAGAUAUUCGGAAAAAACCUAAAUUUUGUAAAAUCGUUUUUAUUUUUUCCCGGGCUUAUUUGAAAAGCAAUUUUAAAAUAAAUGUCACUUCAUCGUUCUCACUUUUUCCACUUUAGAAGAUGGUGCUACUAAUUUUAAAAUUCGACGUUUCGUCUUCAGGCGGCCAUCCUCAACUUACGUUUUUUAAAUACGGACCUAGAUUGUUUAUUUGCGAUUUUGUCAUCUUUGGGCAUUCUAAAACCGAUACUGUUUAUAAUUUUUCAAUAACAGGAUGAAAAAAGCAGGUCCGUAUUUAAAAAUAAAUAAAUUGAUGAUGAUUCCAGAGGAACGAAACGUUGAAUUUCAAAUUUAAUACCGCCAUCUUGUAGAGAAGAAAUAGUGACAAUGGGAAUGUGAAAUUAGUUUUUCAAAAUCUAUUCAAAUGGAAUCAGGAAAAAAUUUAAGAAAAACGAGAAAUUCAUGUUUUUUUUUGGUAGUUUUCAUUUUUUCCUGAUUUUAUUUAAAAAGAUUUUGAAAAACUAAUCUCACAUUCUCAUUGUCACUUUUUCUUCUCUACAAGAUGGCGGUAUUAAAUUUGAAAUCUAACGUUUCGUGCCUCUGGAAUCAUCAUCAAUAAUUUUUUUUUUUAAAUACGGACCUGCUUUUUUAACUGGGUUGUUGAAAAAUUAUAAACAGUAUCGGUUUUAGGAUGCCCAGAGAUGACAAAAUCGCAAAUAAAAAAUCCAGGUCCGUAUUUAAAAAAAGGAAGUUGAGGAUGGCCGCCUGAAGACGAAACAUCGAAAUUUAAAUUUAGUAGCACCAUCUUCUAAAGGGAAAAAAGUGACAACGAUGAAGGGACAAUUUAUUUUAUGCAAGAACGGGCGUAAAAGUGCACUUUUACGCCCGCAUUUUAAAGCGUGAAGUAGUACUUUUACGCCCUAGGGCGCCUUUUAUGCCCGCGGGCCUGAAAGUUUCAAAAAUAAACAAAAAUUCAUCAUUUUUCUUAAAACUUUUUGCAUUUCUAUUACUUAGUCCAAAAAAUACCAACUUUUUUCAACAAAACAAGCUUUAUUUCAAUUAAUAAGAAUAAUGAAAUAAGCAAUAAUGGUAAAAUUCUUAUGUAAAAUUCAAUCUACUUUUUACAGUUUUUAAUUUUCAAAACCGGCCCUUUUCCACAGAAAUACACAAAAGAACUGUUGCCUUCAACAUUGAGUAAAAGCUCCAUAGGGUGGAUGGCUUAUUUUUUUUGCAUUUUUCAUAUUAAUGUAUAUGCCAGGCCAGGAGAGUUUCUUCUACAAAGUACUGCUGCUCAUUUACACUAUGUUGGGCACAUCAGGAAAUAAAGUCCUUAUAUGUAUUUCAUAGAGUAUUUUGGACCUUGAAGGUAUACAUGUUUCUUGGCCUCUUCAACUGCCUCAAGAAUAAACUUGGGCAUGCUGUUUUGCUCCAUUUUCAGACGCACUACCAUCAUAAGAAUACCAUACACGUACACUACACAGCACAUAAUUAUUUGUUUGUAUUGUUCUGGGUUGCUAUAAUAGUUACGUGAUACUUUUGUCAACAACUGCUUCCUUGAUCUAAAUUUGACAAAAACUUAGGACCUAUUGCGGUAAAGAUGAAAAUUUAUAUUUUGAAAUAUUUUUGAUUGAUGUCAAUAUCAAAAUGAAAACAUGCUCAUCGUGCAUAAAAUCUUGUAUGCACCUCAGUCAAAAAGAGCAUUAACGUCCUCAGCGUGUAAACAGCCCUCGGCUAACGCCUCAGGCUGUUACACACGCUGCGGGCGUUAAAGCUGUACUUUUUGACCUAGUUGCAUAAAUAACUAUUAAAAUUGCUUUUCAAAUAAGCCCGGGAAAAAAUAAAAACGAUUUUACCAAAUUUCGUUUUUUUCCGAAUAUCUCCGGAAGUAUUCAGAAUCUUUGCCAGCAAAGAAAACUGGAAAAUAAUUAAUCAUUUAACUGGUAAAAACUCAGUUCUUCAAACAGAUGUUAAAUUAGAUCCCAAUAUUCUCAACAACUUCUACUGUAGUGUUGCUGAUACUUUACAACAAAACUUGAAAAGUAAUGUGGAUCCUGGUUCUUAUUUAUUGGAUGUUAAAAUAAAUGACACAUUUGUACUGGAAACUACAAACUUAUUAGAACUUAAUGAAAUCUUUAGAGGAAUAAAAAACAAUAAAUCCAGUGGGCACGAUAAUGUUUCAAUAAAUUUGCUUAGAAACUUGCCUGAUAAUGCAUUAUAUGUCUUGUCUGAAUGUAUUAAUAUUUCAUUUUUAACAGGAGUAUUUCCAGACUGCCUGAAAAAAGCUAUUGUGUUGCCUCUUUAUAAGGGUGGCGAAUUGGACAACCCAUGUAAUUAUCGACCAAUAUCACUUCUCUCGACGUUGUCAAAAAUAGUUGAAAAGUUAGUUAAAGAAAGAAUGUUAAAAUAUUUUUCAAAACACAACAUAAUAAGUGACACUCAAUUUGGAUUCCAACCAUUAAAGGGCACCCAUGAUGCAAUGUUUAAUCUUUUGGAACAGGUAUUCGUCAGUCUUAAUGAAAGUGAGCUUGUCGCCGUUGUGUUUUGUGAUUUCUCUAAAGCCUUUGAUUGCGUAAAUCAUAAAAUAAUGCUUAAAAAACUAGAAAUUUAUGGCUUCGGAGGAAUCUCAUACUCAUGGUUUGAAUCUUAUUUCUCGGGAAGAGAACAAUUUGUUAAGAUUGGUGAUACUCAGUCAUCAAACUUGGCCACCAAUGGUGUUCCACAAGGAUCUGUGUUGGGACCAAUAUUGUUUUUACUUUAUUUAAAUGAUAUUAAUCACCUCCCCAUUAGAGCUAAAAUAACAUCAUUCGCUGAUGACAUUACUCUGUCCUGGAACGGAAAAAAUAUUGAAGAGUUGAAAAAGAUUAUUUCUGAAGACCUAAAUCUUGUAAAGAGCUGGUGUGACUCUAACUUGCUUUGUUUUAACUCUAAGAAAACCAACAUAUUGACAUUUAAAUUUUUUUUUGAUGAUUUAUUAUUAGACACACACACAAUUGAAAAUAAAACUAGCUGUAAAUUUCUUGGUAUGCAUGUUGAUACUCAACUUAAGUUUAAUGAGCACGUUACAAAUCUAAACAAACGAUUGGCAAGUGGUUGCUAUGCUGUAAGAAUAGCGUCAAAUGAACUUGGUUUGAAUACCGCUAAGUUGGUUUAUUUCUCGUUGGUUGAAUCUCAUAUCAGGUAUGGCAUUGCAUUUUGGGGUAACUGUUCUAAUAAAUUGUUUGAUUCUGUUUUUGUCAUUCAAAAGAGAGCAGUGCGCUAUUUGUGUGGGGUUGGAUAUUGGGAGCAUUGCAAGCCACUAUUUUUAAAACAUAAAAUACUUACAGUAUGCUGUAUAUUUAUCAUGGAAACUGCUUGCCUUAUGCACAAAAAACAUUAUGAUGAGUUAGAAUAUCCAAGAACUUAUCCAACUAGGCAACUUCUUAAAAUUCAGCUUCCUAUACCCAAGACUGCAUUGGCGCAAAAUUCACUAAUUUAUAAAAGUAGGCAAAUUUUUAAUCAUCUGCCUGUUAACUUAAGGCAGAUAGGUGGUUUUAAAAAGUUUAGACUAGAGCUCAAAACAUUUUUACAUGGAAAAGCCUACUAUCAUAUUAAUGAAUUUUUAAAUGAAAAAUUUUAAUUUUGUUUGUUUCAUUGUUUUGUUUUGUUCUGACCGCAACCUUUAUGUUUUUUCUGUAUUGGCUGUACCUUCUAUAUGACUCUAUAGUUUGAUGUAGUAAAAAUUGUACAUGUGUUGCUUAGGAUUAUGCUUUGACAUUUAUGUUUAUGUUUAUUUUUUAUUUUAUUGAUUGUACCUCUUUUUUUUUAUAACCCGAUAAUUUUUAAUUACUUGCACAUUAUUUAAGAUCAUGCUUUGUCAAUGAACUUUAUUUUCCGACAAUAAAGUAUAUUUUGAUUGAUUGAUUGAUUGAUUUUCAGUUUCAAAACGGCAUUCUAUUGGUCAUAAAAUUGCGCAACUUUGCCAUAAUUUAACCGACCCCGUAUAUUUUACGGUUACCGAGAUCCCAGUGAUGAGGCUCGAAUUUGGGCCACCCUUUACAUCCAGACGGGGGCAACAAACAGCGCAAAACGUUCGCGAACGUUCUGCAACAAGCAUUCCGCGCACCGCGGCAAACGUCUUAACUGCUGCAACAAUUUUUUGUUUACAUACUGACACCGCAUGGAAAACAUUUUGCGCCGCGCAAAAGAGAACGCGCGCGAGCAGGUCUCAGCGCGCAACCGUCCAAACUGACAUGUUCUGCAACGUUCGCGAACGUUUUGCGCUGUUUGUUGCAUCGGUCUGGAUGCACCUUGAAAGAUAUUUCCGAUUGCUACUUUUCAAAUUGUUACCCUGUAUGUAGUUCUAUUAAACAACUUCCAUCGGUCAACGUCUUCCCAAAAACGAUGAGCUUUCAAACAAACUGAGAAAAAAGGUAAAGAAGUAUGAGAAUACUUUCUGUUAUGACUUAAACAAGGUGGAAGAACAUUUUGUGCGGAUUGUGCAUAUGUAAAAUCUGUUAUUUUUGCAGUAUAAAUAAAGUUCUGUUAUUAUUAUUAUUAUUAUUAUUAUUUUUCAUCACAUUUUUCAACAAGCGUGAUUUAGGAUAGAUACUUCACAUUACUGUCUAUUGAAUACAACUGUACGAAUUCUUCCUACUAACAGGAAUAGACAAAACAUUCGUGGAAAAAAAAAUACUCAGCCAUAUUUCUAUCGAAGUAUCGAAUCCUCCCCUGAAAACGAGAUUAGCCUAAAAGCUCAAUCAGAAGAGCAAUCUCGUCC